AUGAAAGGAGCCCGGUACAAGAAGUUGACGAAUCUGGAUGAAGACGCAGAGGUUUAUAGAGUGAGUCACAAUUGGUUUUAGUUGGACUUUAUGAGUAUGUUAUCAGUUUAAAGGCCUCUGACGACUCGAGCUCCGUGUGCUCCACUCUUGCCGGCUUCCUUCUGCUCUUCGCGUUUGUCGCGUGCAUGAUAUUUCUGACCAGCGUCCAAUCUCAUCCCGUUCGUUGCUAUGGCUACGAUUUUCUAAAGAGAACCAGAUUUCAGAGCUCAAUAUCAUUACGAACGUCUGGAAAGAUGGAAAAGACAGUCCUCCUCUGGAUCAUCCGAAAACCGUUGUUCCGAAGAAGAGAAACAUUACAAACUGGCAGGAUUACUACUUCACAGAGUGAGUUUCGUUUAUUAGCAAUUGAAGUGAACGCAUCCCUCCAGAGACGAGAGCCGCUUCCUGAACUGUUCGGAAUUGAUAAAAGGCGAGAAAGAUUCAAUCGCUUUGUACGUGAACAACGGACGUAUGAAACUGGACAAGGAGAGGGUGUUCGAUCUUCCGAUGGAUUGCGAUUCGAUCAAAGAAAGGGUGUACGGGGAUCUGCCACAACCGUUCAAACCUCUAAAGAGACCGAUCGCAUUUGUGCGGACGAUCUUCAAGUUGUACGAACUGCAGGAGGCGCUCUUCUCCAUGUCCUAUCAUCCGGAUAAUGUAUUCUGCUACGUGAUCGACUCGAAGAGCACUGACAAAUUGAAAAAUGCAAUGAGAACAAUGAGCGCGUGCUUUGGAAACGUUGUAGUUCUGGAGAAAGAAUACAAUUUGAACAGUGGAGGGCACGGACAGGAUCCGGCACAUUUCGAUUGUCUCGAACAGAUUCUCGGCAGAAAAUGGGACCACGCCGUCAUCCUUCAGGUACUCUUCCCGUCCGCGUUCCCAAUUAGUUCACUGUGUACUUUUCCAGAACUUUGACCUGAUCAUCAAAUCGCCGCAACAACUCUCUGACAUCAGUGAAUCUCUCAACUACACGAGCAUAAUGGGAUUCGACUUUGGCUUCAAGUACAGGUACAACACGAAAGCGGAUUGGACUCCAGCUGGCAUGAAACUCUUCAAGAACGGUACCCACUGAACGCUGUUCCCACAAAACGCUCCUUUUCAGCAACCGGAGUGCCCGAUAGCAUUCUUCACAAGAAACUGAACGUGAGGAAAAGUCUGAACGAAGUGAUCAUCUCAAAAGUGUUCGUGAGAUCAAUGUUCGAAAAACUGAACAUGCAGAACAUACUGAAGCAGUUCGACGACAACGAGGUACGUUCGCAACACUUGUUCUCAUCUCUAUCCAUUUAUUUUUUCAGUAUUACGGAGUGGACGAGAUGCUUGUUCAGACACUUUACGAGAAUUAUCUCGGUCUUGAGGGACAGAUGGAAUCAAACUGUACCAGAAAUCACGAUGAUAUUCUCACAAGGUAACACUGAUCUGUUAAGCGAAUAAUGGAAAGUGUUCAGGUUGACUCAUUGGGACUUUUCCGGUCCGAAUGGCUACGACAAAGAGUGCAAGUCGAAAUGGAAAAGACACGGAAUCUGCAUUCUCGGCGUCGAGUACCUGAACGACCUGACGAAGAGUCAGAAAGUGAGCGCCAACAAGGUCAUGUCCACAUUUGACUUUGGAACGAUCAUUUGCACUCGAGAGAUGAUCAAGAGGAAUCGGACAGGAGACACCCCCGAUGCCAGGUGGCUCUCCUCUUUUCCCCAGGUAAACCUGUGCUCAUUUCUCCAAAAUCUCUCUUUUUUCAGUUCCGAGAAAUGCAGCUGAAAGCGAACGGGACAUACGAUAGAAACAAGUUCGAUUGCUAG